AUGGCCUCUGCUAACAUUGACCCCGCCGGAGCCGCCGCCCUAAGGCCGCCCUCCGGAUCACGGAGCGUUGCGACUUCGCCCGCUCCUGCCUCGCUUUCUGGGUCCUCCCCGUCGGAGAAGAGGACCCGUCCGCCUGGUCCACCCCCGCCUGUGCCUGGUGCCCGCUCUUUGCCCCUUCGCCCUGCACCGGCUCCGCCGUUUGAUGACAAGUGCGAGUACGCUUCGGAUGACGUCCUUCUUUUCUGGAAACCUCCGUCUGUGUUCUCGCAAUGGACUCCUUCGGCUUUUGACGUACUGGGGGUACGUUAUUCAUGUGGUGAGCAAUUCAUGAUGUCUGAAAAAGCGAAGUUGUUUGGAGAUAUGACGUCGUAUGACAAAAUUAUGGCUGCAACAGAUCCUAAGACACACAAGUUCUUGGGUCGAAAUGUGCGUCCUUUCGACUAUGCUGAAUGGGAGCGUCGUCGUGAAGAGAUCGUGCUUACGGGGUCGUACGCCAAAUUUGCUCAAAACCAUGACAUGAAACAUCAUCUACUGGAGACGGGUACCCGCCUCCUUGCAGAAGCCAGCCCCUUCGAUCGUGUUUGGGGUAUCGGCAUGUCUGCAUGCUUUCCAGAUGCUAGCGAUUCAUCCAAGUGGGCGGCUAGCGGUAAAAACUUGUUGGGAAAAGCUUUGAUGGAAGUUCGACGCCUUUUGCGUGAUCAUCCCCUCUCUGGCGAAGAUUUCCCCGCUUCCAAUUCUCCCACGCCCCCCAUUUCGCAGCCUCCUCUCCAUGGACAUCGACGCAUUCAUGAGGUUGCUACUGCUACAGGUUCUUCGCUACGGAAGGACCCGGGCGAAGACCCAGCUUGUCUACGUUUGGAAGCUCCGGGGGACCAUGCUCCUGGCGUUCAUCUGGUGGCAUCGACCUCCGCUUGUGCAGACCAGCCUCCUCUUCUCGAACAUGGACCCGAUCUGGUCGGCGGCACGCUCCUGUUGGACUCGAACUCAUACACCACCCGGGUCCUGCUGCAUGGAGGACCUACAGCCACUUCUCAACUUGCGCGAGUGGCGCUUCUGGACUCUGGGUCUCCUGCAUCCUUCGUUUCCGACUCCGUGGUCACCGCCAUGAUAGCUGCCGGAGCCCUGACAGCUGGCAGCGUUCGUGUUUCGCCCUCUCGUCGUUGGGGUGGGUUUGGUGAUGGACCCGCCCUUGUGACCACCCGGUCGAUUCGUCUCACCGUUAAUUUUCUCCAUGGAGAUAGAGCUACCGCUUCCUUGGCGGUCUGGGCCUGUGUUGUUCCAGACGCCGCCAUGGGGCACGCCGUGCUUCUGGGUCAUGAUAGCUGGAUGCGCUUCAACUCUCGCGUGUUCACCACCCUCCCCCACCCUGGACCGGACGACCGGGUUAUGGGCGAGCUCACGCUCUCUCCGCGUUUUACAGCUGGCGCUUGCGUUUACGCUACACACGACGACGCUCCUGCCUCCUCGUUUCACCUUAAAUAUGCAGGGAGCUCGGGAACUUCUUUGGGGCCGGAGCCUGCACUCGUUGAGGUGGACCUCGUUCGUUCUUCUGGCAUGCCUGCGCUGAUUGGAGAGUAUCUGGUAUCGUUCAAACCCGAAGUGGGUGCGCUUUCGUCCCCAGAUGCGUUCGUUUCCAAUGGUCUCCAGCGUAUUCCCCUUGCAGGUUGUGCCGAGCUCGAGCCGGGAGACGUAAUUGGAGUGUCUGCCGCGCCGCUAACACGAGUACCGGUGGAAACCCUGAAGGCGGCACCAUCUUCGAUUCCUACCGGCCCCACAACAUCUACAUCACCACCUCGGGUCAACGCCGUUAGCCCCAAGUCCGGGACUCACCGCUCUCCGGACCCAGCCUCCGCCCCGCCUCCUCCGAAGCCGCCUCCACAAGAACUACUUGACCGCUUCUCUGAGGCACAGCGCUCCAGCUUCAUGCGCUUGGGGGCUAGGCUGCCCGCACAUAUGCACGACAUCGCUUUCGAUCUACACAAUCCGGGAUGGACACCGGAGGCUAUUGAUCGUUUGGCCGACGCCCUUGUGGAAUAUUAUGACGUGUUCUCUACUUCGAAAACCGAUUUUGGUUCCUGCACCAUAAUGCCGUUCACGCUUUCUGUCCCAGCAGGGACGAAGUCUGUUGCAUCACACCCGUAUCGUAUCAACCCGUUGAUGCAAAAGAAAGUGGAUGCCGUUUUGGACCAGUAUUUGGCGGCAGGGCUCAUUCAACAUUCCACAUCUCCGUGGGCUUCUCCUGUAGUUGUCAUCCCCAAGAAGGAAGGAUCUGUUCGCAUCACCGUCAACUACAAACGUCUCAACGCGCUGGUGGAUUUGGAUGGACAACCUCUCCCUCGAGUGGACGGUAUCUUGGAUUCUCUGUACACCGGGAAAGUGUUCUCCAUCUUCGACCUCAACUCGGCUUUCCACCAGAUCGUUUGUGAUAAAGACACUGUCCCGCUCACCGCCUUUUGCACUCCCACGCAGUUGUUCGAAUGGCUUCGGAUGCCGCAGGGCGCCAACGCAAGUCCGUCUUGGUUCGUCAAGGUCAUCAACAGAGUGGUGCACGGUCUGGAGCGUGUGCUGGCUUAUCUGGACGAUGUCAUCUGUUUCGAUGAGGAACCUCUGGGACACGUGCUGAACUUGAUCGAGUUCUUCAAACGACUGCGACAGUACAACCUCAAACUGUCUCCAGGGAAGGCUCGCGUCGGCGCCACGCACGCCAACUUUCUCGGUCACACCAUCUCUCCGGCAGGUGUUAGCCCUGAUGGCGUCAAGGUUAGGGCGCUCACGCACAUGCCGCCGCCGACGAAUGUUAAGCAGCUUCGGAGCCUUCUCGGUGGACUCAGUUACUACCGGAAAUUCCUCAAGAAUCUCGCCACCAAGGUGCGGCCUCUCAACUCUCUUCUCAAACAAGGUGUCCCCAUCAAUCGUCUUCUUCGUUUGUGUUCCGACGCGUGUAUCGACGGUUUUGGCGCCUCCUUGGAACAAGAACAGCUCGAUGGCUCGGUGAGACCCAUCGUGUACAUCAGCCGCGCAGCUCUUCCUGCGGAGCGUAACUGGACCGUUUUGGAUCUGGAGGCUGGUGGCAUUGUUUGGGCCAUCAAACGCCUUCGUGGUUAUCUGUGGUCGACCAAGUUCAUCAUCUAUUCGGACCACAAAGCCUUGGAGAGCAUUGGCAAGGUUGGGGAACACAACGCUAGGUUGCAACGAUGGCUCGAAUUUCUGUCCAACUUCACCUACACCCUGAAAUAUCGGAAAGGUUCGGCAAACGGCAACGCAGAUUUUCUUUCGCGGUUGACUUUACCAGCACAAGACACGGACAAAACCGGCCGCGACUGUAUUGAUGGUGUCGAUCAAGCGGGUCCGCUCGACCAACAAAACCACGCAGACCGCCGCGCGUCUGCUGCCGCCAUCCGCAACGCCGGCAUCGGCGUUUUCGUCGACUGCUCUUGCGCCACCGGUGCCUUCGCCGUCAGCGGCGCCCCCUGCAUCCCCGACUUCGCCUUAUCUUCAGAUGAUGUGCUUGUGUUGGCGGCGAAAACCAGACUGCACACGACCAAUGACAACAUCAUCCUCCUCGUACAUAAAUCGGCGACGUCGGCGGUUGGGCGCUCUGGCGGCAGGACCACUCGUCUGCCGGAUACUGGCGAGUUCCGUGUCUACGUGCCAAUGCUGAUGCGUCCGUGGGUCCUUCAUGCAUGCCAUACCGCCGCGUCAUUCCAUCUCGGCGUCCAUCGUACACAGCGUCUGCUCGAGCGCUUCUACUGGUGGAUUGGUUUGGAUCGUUCCGUGCGCUGGUGGCUUCGGGCAUGUUUGGUGUGUCAAGCUCGCAAGACUUCACGUCAGACUCCUCGGUGGCCCGUCAUCGCUAUGCCAUUGCCGCAUGGGCCUGGUACGGUCGUCGGCGUCGACUUCUUUGGAUCUCUGCCAGUGACUGCCAAGGGCAGACCGUUUCAGUCGGAGAGCCGACAUGUUCGCAGUUACAGCGGCGGAAUUUACGGCGAGAGGGACGGCUCACAUCUUCGUCAACCAAUACAUGACCAAGUGGGGAUGUCCGACUACGUUAUUGUCGGACAACGGACUGCAUUUCUGCUCGAAGCUCUCUAUGGCGAUCUACGAGGUGAUGAAGAUCNGGCUCACAUCUUCGUCAACCAAUACAUGACCAAGUGGGGAUGUCCGACAACGUUAUCAUCGGACAACGGACUGCAUUUCUGCUCGAAGCUCUCCAUGGCGAUCUAUGAGUUGAUGAAGAUCAAGAGAGUCACCACCAGCUCCUACCACCCACAGACCAACGGCGGCACGGAACGCGUCAACCACACGAUGGCCCAGAUGCUUGCGGUGGUCGUCAACGAACAGCAAAACGACUGGGACAUACACCUCCCGCACGUUGAGUUUGCCAACAACAAUUCCGUGAACCAGUCUACUGGAUUAGCGCCAUACGAGAUCCACAUCGGACGCAUCCCGAGACUCCCGCUUUCGGUCUUCGAUCAUCCCACGGAACCUGUCCAUGAGUACAACGCGCUGAAGAUUUCGCGAGUCGAACGCCGAAAUUCAUCCCUGCUGGACGACGCCAUUCACAAGCUCCCUCAGUUUACCGUUGGCGGGUGGGCUUGGGUGUACAACACGGCUGCUACAAUUCGACAGGGUGUGCAGAAGGACACGGACCAACAGGUGCUCAAGGCCAAAUUCGCACUUUCCUGGACGGGGCCCUACAAAGUUCUUGCGGUGGGUCUCACCGUUGCCAACGCCACUCCGGACGGCCGCCCGUUGGCGCGUAAACUUCUCUACCUGGACCUGCCUUCCGAUCGUUCCGGCCCGGCAGCUCGUCGUCGCGUGUCUGUCCUUCGUAGCAAACCCUGUCGCAAUCCGUACGAGACGGACGACGUGCCGCAAUCUUUGCCCGCCGAGCUUUCGCGUCAUGUUCUGCACUCUUUCGGAGAUAAAUGUCACCUUUCCACGUCACCGCGGAUGAUGUGUCGGUGCCUGUCGGGCGCCUCGAGGUCGGCUACAUCUCGGGACAUCAACUGGUGCGGGGCCGUGGCGGCGUUCUCGCUGUCCUGUACCAGACGCAUUGGGUAG